ACACUCUCACUCGUUGGGUCCUAACUGGACUCUCAGGGUCUGGAGCUGCACGACGGGGCUACAGGAGAUCAUUUCUCUCAGUUUAGGGAUUAGCGGUCGCUCUUCGUGGCGAUCAUUAGAGGGACCUGAAAAUUAGGCUGAUCCUUCAUACCCAGCUGUGCUGUCGCUGGGGGUUGGAGACGUGUAUCCGAGGGAGGCCCCUUACCCUCCCAACCACCACCAUCACCCCUCCUCCCUCCCCACUGACUGGGCCAGCAGAAGUGUCGGGCAGUGUCCUAAGUGUUAUGCGGGAAACAAAUCAACACUCGCCUCCUCUACAAAGAAGUGAGACGGAGAACAGUAUUUUUUGAUCCACUAGAACAACCUGUUGCAUCAUAUUAUCUUUUAUUCUUCCCCAGAGCAUGAAUCCAUUUUUCAUUCUCCCCGCACAAGAGCUCAUUUGUCUGUAAUGAGGCAUAGUUUAUGCAUUUAUGCUAAUUGGGGGCAUCUAGGUGAAAACAUUCUCGAGCCAAAAUGUUAUUAACAACUUUGAGACACUUUUUUUUUCAUCAGCAUUUUUUAAGGUUUCACACAGAUGCGCUUUGAAAAGGACCACAUUUCUGAUUGGGCAAGAUCACACUCCAUGGCAGCUGGUUCAUUUGCUUCUCAAGAUGACAGAUGGCAAAACACAAACACAAAAAGAGGGAGCCAUGAUUAAGUAAUGAGAACGCCUGCCACAAUAAGGAAACUACUUUUCCUCACUUUUCCUGCUCAACUUUUACUUUGUUCAACGAGUGCAAGGUGCGGAGAAAAAAACCAGACAUAAAAACGCUGCAUUUUUAAUUUACAUUUCACAAUAUGUUAUCUGUUUCUUUUGCUAAUGAGCCGUAGGCAUUUUGAGAGUGUUUAACGCCGCUUUUAUUGUGGAGCAGCGAUCUACAAAAUCUCUUUUCAUUUGCCGUUUCGCAUUAAAUACGCUGUAAAACACACUUUAAAGUAGAGGGAGAGUAAAAACCUGACUUUGUGAUAUUUACCUACAAAAGUGAGUUCAUGACCACAAUGUUGUUUUUUUCCUGAAUGCAAGGGGAAGUAGAAUAAGUGGGGCCCUGGCCAGUGUUUUGCCCCGCAGAUGGGCAGCAGUGUUUGUGAACACCAGUGUGGCAGUUGGCAGGGAUUGAGAAGGGGGAUGGGCAGAUUGCAAUGGCACAUGCCCCAAUUCAAAUUAUCCCUGGACCCAUGCAGCAGUGGAGGACCUGCUGGGGCCCAGGGUGGCGUUCAUUAUACCCAGAUACACAGGCAGGUUUGGUCAGAGCCUCCAUCUCUGACACCAGAUCCCCGUGUAUGAAAUCUGAAGCCUCCUCAUUCACAUUUCACCUGCUGUAACAGCACCACCUCAACGAAAUAACGUUUAAUCCGCGCGUAUUUACCUCAAAUUGUAGAUUGAAGUAAAUAUCAAGGACUGACAGGCAAGAAGAUUCUGAAUGUACUGAAACGGGGUAAAUGGGUAAAUUGAAAACAUUAAAAGUGUCAUUAAGGUAAUAAAAAGCGCGCCUGAUGAAUAUGUAGCAUAAUUAUAAAACAACUAAAAAGACUAUUAAAUGUGAAUUAAAUCAAUUUGUACCAAAUUACACGUGGAAAAAUGUAGUUUUAAAGGAGCGGAAUGUUUUCCUGUGAGAUCUUUCUUAUAGCUGCCUGUGCAGUACAGUGUGUGUUCAUAAUCUGGUGGGAAGUUACAAUUAUCUCUCUAAUUACAUCUGUAUUACUGCAUGAAAAAUGAGCUUUCUGCCAUUUCUAAUGCUGUUAAAGAGCGAGGGGGAGCCCAAAUCUAAAGACUGGGAAAUUUAAUGAUCUACAUUACAUUGCUAACAACUACAGCUCCACGUCCUCGGGUAUGGCGAAGUUAAUUAACAGAUUAGGGUGUUAGUGUAUGAUAUCCCACAAUGCCCUGGGUGAAAUUGGCCAGUGCGAGCGAGAACCAGCCCAGCUCAUUUUUUUUAAAUUAAAAUAAAAGUCUGGAUUAGGAGUUAAAAUCAUUAAACACCCUUAGAAACUUCUCAAACGCCUAAACUCAAUAUGUUCCUGAUAAUUAGAGCUUCAACAAUACAUUAUUGAUUAUUCUUUGUACUUUAAAAAUGUAUUUUAAAGGAGCUAAAUGUUUAAGAUCUUUCUUAAAGUUGUCUGUGCAGUACAGUGUGUGAGGUUUCAAUGUUAAAGAGUUGGUGAAUGAGCAAAUGUAAAGACUGGGAAAUGUAAUGAUCUACAUUACAUUGCUAACAACUGCAGCUCCACGUCCUCGGGUGUGGAGAAGUUAAUUAAUAUUGAAAAAAAUAUUUGGAGUCGGAGUUUAAACACCAAUAGAAACUUCUGUUACACUUGUACUCAAUAGGUUCCUAAUCAUAAAUAAAUAAAUAGCUAAUUUGUCUUUUUACUCAGGGGAAAACAUGUAUUUGUAAAGGAGAUAAACGUUUUCAUGUGAUAUCUUUCCUAAAAUAUGUAGUAAAAAUGUAAUGAUCUACAUUAUAUUGCUAACAUCUGCAAAUCUUCCUUGGGUAUGAACAAGUCCAUUAACAGAUUAGUGUGUCAGUGUAUGAUAUCCCACAAUGCCCCUGGUGAUAUUUGUCAGUGGGAGCAAGAACCAGCUAAUUUUGUUACAGAAUAUAAAAGUCCGGAUCAGGAGUUUAAACACCGAUAGAAACUUAUAUUACACUUGCUAACUUCUCUUUUUACUCAGGGGAAAACAUAUAUUUUUAAGGAGCUAAAUGUUUACAUGCCAGAUCUUUCCUAAAGCUUUAUCUAUAGUUCAGUUCAUAAUCUGAGUUACAAUGUGAAAGACUGAAAAAUGUAAUAAUCAAAAAUUAUAUUGCUAACAUCUACAAAUCUCUUCCUUGGGUGUGAAGUUAAUUAACAGAUAAGUAUGUUAGGGUAUGAUAUCCCACAAUGCCCCUGGGUGGAAUUGGUCAGUGAGAGCAAGAACCAUCUGAUUUUGUUAAAAAACUAUAAAAGUCAGGAUUUGUGUGUUUAUGUCAGAUCCAAUCCCACAUGAUCAGUGGAAUCCACAAACGCCCCAUGGGGACUUCAUGUGUUAUGACAUUAAAAAAUAAAGACGUUAAGCAGCCUGGGGGGGAGAGAAACAUGGAGUGCAAAGAUAAAAUGAUCCUGAUCGGUGGACAUGUUGAUGGAGGGAGAGUGAGUGGAGGUGGUGGAGGAGUGAAACUGACAAUAUGAUGGUAGCAUGCGGACUAAAGGGGCGACGGUCCGCUCCACUCCAGUGAAGUGGGGAUGUCUACAGUGGGAGAAGAAGAAGAAGAAGAAGAAGGGGGAGGGUACCACUUUGUCACAGGCUGCUGUGUAGAUUAACCUUUCAAUUAGUUCUUAUCAGCUCCCUGCUCCAUGUCGCCGUAGCCUUUCCUCCUCCGAGGUGGUGUUGUUGUUUUUAUUCUGUGAUUUUCUCCGGGACGUCGCUGGGAUGCGUCUCCGCACAUUCCCCCGAUUAAUGAAGAGGAGUAUCCGGGAGAGGAAGAAGCAGGGGGGGAAACUUGAAGAGAGGGAAAUAAUCGACGGUUUGAUGUUGGAUUGAUUCAAUAUAGCUGCACUUCAGCUGCUAACCACCUUUCGGGGAAUUACCUAGUGCCAACUUUUCCUCGAGAUCACCGCCAGACACCCAGGAUUGAGAGGACAUGCGUGGAUGCUGGCGUGGAACAUAACUUUUUGACCUUUUCACCAAGGAUGUGGAUGUACCCAGUGUUCAGCAGCAGAAAGGGGGAACCUGUAUGGAUCACAUUUUUGUGCGUCUAAUUGUUCAACCAUGGUAAAACUUGCAAACCCUCUGUACACGGAGUGGAUUCUGGAAGCAAUACAGAAAAUCAAACGGCAAAAGCAGAGGCCGUCGGAGGAGAGAAUUUGCCAUGCGGUGGCUACGUCGCACGGACUGGACAAGAAGACCGUCCUUGAGCAGUUGGGAUUAAGUGUUCACGAUGGCUCUAUUCUCAAGGUUACAAAUAAAGGGAGCACCUCCUACAAGGACCCGGGAAAUCCCGGAAGAGUUGGAUCAAUCCCGCCCGCAAAUGUGUCUGUGCCAUCAAAGGAACCUAUAUGGAAUUCAAGCGAUCUGCGCCAUAUCGAUUGGAAUAAAAUACUUAACAGGGCCAUUGAGGGCCUGGAUGAUAACCACGGCUCCUCGCUGAAAAACAUCGAGAGGUAUCUGAGGAACCAGGACGACCUCUCGAACAUUGUGGAUAACCCUGCUUUCCGGCAGAGGUUACGGCUGGCGGCCAAGCGGUCGGUUAACAACGGCAGGUUGUCAAAAAAUGGACCCCGGUACAAGCUCAGCCACGGCGGUGUCGAUCCAAGGGGCUCCAGGUGUCUAACUACGUCCCCCUUGGUCCUGACGUCAGUGACACUCCUCCCCCAUGAACGAGACCAGCUCCGGGUCGACCCUAUCCCAAUAUGCAGUUUCUGUCUUGGAACGAAAGAGUCAAAUCGGGACAAGCGGCCAGAAGAGCUGCUGUCCUGUGCAGACUGUGGGAGCAGUGGGCAUCCAUCAUGUCUGAAGUUUUCCCCCGAAUUAACCUCAAAUGUGAAGAGAUUACGGUGGCAGUGUAUCGAAUGCAAAACCUGCAGUUCCUGUCGAAUACAGGGGAAAAAUGCUGACGAGAUGCUGUUCUGCGAUUCAUGUGAUCGGGGCUUUCACAUGGAAUGCUGCGACCCACCGCUUUCAAGAAUGCCAAAAGGAACCUGGAUCUGCCAAGUAUGCAGGCCAAAGGAGAACGGGAGAAAACUGCUGCACCAGAAAGCCGAACAGAUCAAACGUCGAUAUGCAAAGCCAAUCGGAAGGCCCAGAAAUAAGCUCAAACAAAGAAUCUCUCUAACCCGUGGUGACGGCUGCAUGGUAGCACUUGGAGGAAGGGGGUCACCUGGUAGGGGUCAAAAGAUUACCGUCUGUUCCACACCUUCAUCUGGUCAUGCUGCAUCUGUGAAGGACGCCAGAGACAGAUUGGCUGUUGCAGACCCCUGUUGUGCGGUCAACGCCACCCAAUUCACCACUUCCACCCCCACCACCACCACUCUACCCCUCACGCCCACCUCCACCCCAGCUACACUCACCGUUAACAAGAAAACCAAAGGGCUUAUCGAUGGGCUUUCCAAAUUCUUUACCCCUUCUCCGGUGGGCCGUCGCUCGCGAGCUGUAACCGUCGAGUCCCCCGCCAAACAGUUAAGCUCUCGAGACAAGGGUGCGCCCAAACUGUCCAAGCCCCCAGAGCUGUUUACCUUCGCUGCUGACGCCACGCAAAUGAUAACCCUCUUGUCCUCUGCACUUCCUCCGGCACCUACGCUGCCGGGAUUUAGCCCCCCCUCGCAGGUGUCCAGCAGCUCCACCUCUGCUAACUCGCCCCAGAGCUCUUCCAGCCAGUCUAGUGUUCCUUCCCUGAGUAGUCUCUGUAAUAGCAGCCAACUGAAGGGACUAUUUGACGGACUUUCUCACAUUUAUACUACUCAGGGACAGUCGCGGAAAAAGAGACUACCUUGCUAUGCGCCGCCUAAGCGCAUGCAUCAUAAGCAGGAUUCACCUCACGCAUCCAAAACAGGGCCCCAGCCUCUUGGAAAGAACGAGUUUACUAAAAAUAGGUUACACUCCACAUCUGCGGGGCCGGGCCGACCCAGAGGACACCCAUUUAAGAUGGUCAGUCGUUUCAAACGUAACCCCUUCCUUAAAAAGCACAGGACACUAGGCAGGCUGAGGUAUAAAGUGAGCCCUCAGAAGGGACCCCCCUCGCCAGGAAAGGGAGACUUGACAGACGGAAGAAUUAAGCCUGAGAAUAAUCAUGGCCACAACGGGGACGUGCGCGUGAAGCAGGAGGCCCAGACGGACUUUGCGGCCAUGUCCAGAGACCACGUCAGAGAGGAGGACAUUGAGACGUUCAAGUGUGUCCAGGAACUCGCCGCACAGAGAACUGGAUCUCUGGUGAACACAGACUCCUUGCGUUGCCCUGCCGUUAUUGAAUUUGGGAAGUAUGAGAUUCAAACCUGGUAUUCGUCGCCUUACCCGCCUGAAUAUUCAAGAUUACAAAAGCUUUAUCUGUGCGAGUUCUGUCUGAAGUACAUGAGAAGCAAAAACAUUCUCCAGAGGCACACAAAGAAGUGUGGCUGGUUCCACCCGCCAGCCAAUGAAAUCUACAGAAAGGACAACCUCUCUGUAUUUGAGGUUGAUGGAAAUGUCAGCAAACUAUUCUGCCAAAACCUCUGCCUGUUAGCCAAGCUUUUCCUGGAUCACAAGACCUUGUAUUAUGAUGUGGAGCCGUUCCUCUUCUACAUACUUACAAAGAAUGAUGAGAAAGGCUGUCAUCUUGUGGGCUAUUUCUCCAAGGAAAAGCUUUGCCAGCAGAAGUACAAUGUCUCCUGCAUAAUGAUCAUGCCUCAGUACCAAAGGCAAGGAUUUGGAAGGUUCCUUAUUGAUUUCAGUUACCUUCUCACCAGGCAAGAAGGACAAGCCGGCUCCCCGGAGAAGCCCCUGUCAGAUCUGGGUCGCUUAUCUUACCUGGCAUAUUGGAAAAGUGUCAUACUGGAGUACCUUUAUAAGCACCCAGAUAAACACAUCAGUGUUAAAGGAAUAAGCAGGGCCACUGGGAUGUGUCCGCACGACAUCGCCGCUACUCUCCAGCAGCUCGGCAUGAUUGACAGACAGGAUGGCAGGAUUGUGUUGAUCAGAAGAGAGCGGCUGAUCCAGAGGCACAAGGAGACGCAGAGGGCGAACCCACGUCAGACCGACGUGGACCCCGAUGCCCUACGCUGGACGCCCUCAACGAGUAUCAACGCUGUCCUGUCCGAGGAGGAGAGGGAGGCAGAAAUGGAUGCUGAGCGGCUGAAGGAGCAGGCCAGUUGCUGGGAGAAGGAGGAGAGAGAGGGCUACAUGAUGACUCACGGUAGCAGACAACCUCUCACAAAGGUCCACUGCAAGGUCCCCUACAGGACGUAUGAACGCCGCCCCGCGCCUCCCUGGAACAGGCGCAUCCAGCAGUUGCAGGAAGUCAGCGAUGAUGAAGCGGAUGAUGACGAAGACGAGGAUGACUCCGACGUCUCUGAUGGUUCACCACCCAUCCUGACAAAAGCCCAUGCGAUGCUCGCAGCCAAGAGAAAGAGAACCAUUGUCCUUAAGAAGAGAGGGCGUAAGAGAAAGAGAAUAAACAGCAGCGUAACAACAGAAACCAUCUCUGAGACGACUGAGGUGCUGAACGAGCCCUUCGACAACUCCGAGGAUGAGCGCCCUAUGCCCCUGCUGGAGCGGACCUGCAGAGUGGGCGAGAGGGAGGAAGAGGAAGAGGAGGAGGAGGAGGAACGGAAAGACAAGCAGCCGAUAAUGCCAAUGAAAAGGCGGCGAGGUCGCCCGAGGCUGGAGAAAAAUGCACGGAAAGACAAUCUUGAACACUGGAAUGAAGGAGCUGACGUCCUCUCUAAGAGACCCGGCAGACCCCGUCCAGUGAAACGGAAGAAAGGCUGGCCCAAAGGAGUGAAACGUGGCCCUCCCAAAUGGAGACUAAAGAAUGAACGAAAGAUGGGCUUUAAGCUCAACCUUUACACGCCCCCUGAAACCCCAAUGGAAGCGGAGCAGCACCACAUUCAGACUGAAGAAGCAAAAGAUGAACCAGACCAGGAUGUUGCCGGCACAGACAAGGGCAGCAAAGCUGGCAGAGGCGUGGCCAGUCCAGACAUCAUGUCAGAGAGGCUCCCCUCUGAGCCCUCGAGUCCCGCUGACCAUGCCUCACAGAAGUCAAGCUCCCCUGAGGGAUCACCCGUUGCUUCGCAGGUCUGCUCACCUGCCGCUUCGCCUGGCCCCUUUUCCCCCCGGCCUGACGACAGAGGGGAUUCCCCCGAACCACCUGAAGACGAGCAGCAGGAGAGUGAACACGAGCAGGAGUUCCCAGCCAAAGAUGCGGAACACAGCACACAGGGAGCUGUAUCACUGGAGAAUGAGAACGAGGAGGAUGAGGAGGAGGACGAGCAGAGAACUCUAAUGGAGGAUCAGGAUGCGGAUGACGAAGAGGACAGUCACACUAAGACGGAAGCACCUGAGAGCAGCAAAGCAGAGUUGGAACAGUGUUGGAAAGAGAUACCUGAAUGCCCCCCACCUUUUUUAGAUCCAAAAGAAGACAAUGACUCUGAGCUGAGUCAGCAGGUUUCUACAGUAAAAUGUAGUGAUGAGGAACAAGCUACCGCUGCAGAAAGCAUCCAGGAGACAGCGACUGACACAACAGUAGCAUCACCACCAUCUGAAGCUGUAGCAGUGGCUCCAGUAGCAGCCGUAGACUCUGAUAACCCUGUGGACUCUGAGUCAGAGGAAGAGAGCACGCCGAGCCCUUGUCCGGAUCAACCGCCUUCUCAGAGCGCAGAGAGGCAGACACUCAGCCCCGUGCUGAGGGAGGAUCCCCCAAUCUGCGCUGAGAUUGACUCAGAGACGGCCCAAGCUGUUCAGUCCCUGACGCAGGAGACCGAACGAGAGACUGUGUUCCAAGAGUGCGUGGAGAGCCAGGAGCCCUGCAGGAGCCUGCAGACCUACACCCACGUGGCCCAGAGCCCCCAGCUCACCUCGCUGGAUGACUGCCCUCAGUCAGACCACAGCAGCCCCCUUUCCUCCGCGCAGUCCCAUCCGAGUCAGUCAGUGCGCUCCGUUAACAGCCCGGCUGUCUCCAUCCUGGAGAGCGGCUACACUCAGAUCAGCCCCGACCACAGUGCCAUCUCAGUGCCCUCGCUCCACAACAUGGAGACGAGCCCCAUGAUGGAUGUGCCAUCCGUCUCAGAUCACUCGCAGCAGGUCGUGGACAGUGGCUUCAGUGAUCUGGGCAGCAUCGAGAGCACCACGGAGAACUACGAGAACCCCAGUAGCUACGACUCAACCAUGGGGGGCAGCAUCUGUGGGGCAGGCCCCUCCCAGAACAGCUGCUCCUAUGGCAGCAUCCCCCCCAGUGGCCUGGCCCAGAGCAGCUGUGCCGUGAGCCAGCAAAUGGCUGCAGUCAACCCCGGCAGCUGCGGCAUGAUUCAGCAGAACAGCCUCAGCUCGCCGCCCCACUGCAACGUGAAGUCGCCACAGGGCUGCGUGGUGGUGGAGCGGCCUCCCAGCAACAGCCAGCACAGUCAACACAGCCAGCGCAGCCAGCACAGUCAACACAACUCCCACAGCAGGCACGGCCCACACAAUCAGCACAGCCAACACAAUCAGCAUGGUCCACACAAUCAGCUCAGCCAGCACAGUCAACACAAUCCCCACAACCAGCAUAGUCACCACCACAAUCACCACCUGCAGCACAAUCAGCUCAGCCAGCACAAUCAGCACCCUCAGCAUAGUCUUCACAAUCAACACAGUCAGCACAGCCAGCAGCAGCCCAUGGCACAGUGCGCCAUCCCCACCAACUUCACCACCACCAUGCAGCUGGCAGACAUCCCUGAAUCUGGUAACCCCAACUUCGCCCUCUACGAGAGGAUCAACCACCAGGGGGAGUACGGCAGCGGGCACUACACUCAGUCGUCUGGACUGAGUCUGGCCAAACUGCAGCAGUUCACCAACACGUUCAUCGACCACCCUCACUCGCUGCCUUUCAACCACUCGGCCUCACACCCCAUAACAUCUUAUGCAAACACGCCCUCGCUCUCAGCGCAGCACUCCAGCCUGGUCUCCUUGUCCCAGACCCCCCAUCGAGUCCCCAACCCACAGGUGCAGGCCACCAUGACCCCUCCCCCAAACCUCAGCUCCCCGCCGCCCAUGAUGCUGCAGCGCAACAUGGGCAUCUCGCCCUCGCAGCGGAUCCAGCCCCAAAUGGCCUCCAAGAGUCACAUCUCUGCACGCUCCAAGUCGGCCCCACUGUCGCACCACCAGCAGCAGAUGUACGCCAGACCGCCACAGACUGUGGCCAUGCAGGCGCCAUCAAGGACGCUGGCCGCCAUGCCGCGCAUGAACAUGAGCAUGAACAUCAUGCCAGCGCCCGCCUACAAUGUCAACUCCAUGAACAUGUCCUCCCUCAAUGCCAUGAAUGGCUACAGCAUGAGCCAGCCCAUGAUGAACAGUGGCUACCAUGGCAACCAUGCCUAUAUGAACCAGUCACCCCAGUACUCUAUGCAGAUGGGCAUGAUGGGAACACAGCCAUACCCCCAGCAGCCCAUGCAGGCUCCACCACAUGGCAACAUGGUGUACACUCCAGCUGGUCACCAUGGUUACAUGAACACAGGCAUGUCCAAGCAGACCCUGAAAGGGCCGUUCAUCAGGCGGUAACUCUCCGCAGGACCAAGCUGGUUCCUCUCACGUGCAUUUUGCUGUUUAAAGAUGCACUGAUCUGGCCUUGUUUUAUUUUGAUUUUUAAUUUUUGUUUUAUUACUUAAAAACCAGCAGCAGCACUUGGAAAGAAUGCAAAAUUUUUUCAUCGAUGAGUCAACUUUGAAGCUAAUGUUUAAAAAGUAUUUUUGUUCCUCCAGAUGGGAAGCCUUACAUCAUUACGAUGAAAAUCUAUUUAAUUAGUGUUAGUGUCUCUGAUGUGUCUUUUAGAGUUGGGCGGGUUCGGAUCUCAGACGUAGAGAUUUCAUCAGUGCUCUUGCAGUCGUGUAGCAGCCUCAAAUGAAGCCAUUUAAUGUGCCUGCUACAAGUGGAGUUAGUGGCUGUUUGAACCUGUUCAGUGUACCUGUCUAACAGUGCUGGCAAUUAGUUUGUACUAUACUCAUGCCUUUGUAUAUUUAAAUUAUUGUACUUAUUUUGUAAAGUGACAACUAGCAUGCUUCAGUCUCUGUUAGUGACAGUGCAUUGAGUAGUACUGUACAAGUGUUGUGCUUAAUAGCAAGCCAUUUUAAAGAUAUCUGGCCUUUAUUAGGUUUCCCUCCACGGGGAGAAAGAUGAAACUAUAUUUUGUUAAUUCUAAUAAUGUAAAGAAAUGUAAACUUAGUCCUGUUUUCUGUUCUGGUUUGAGAGGUUUUAUUGCUAUGUAUGUAUAAUUCUGAAGUCUUUUUGUAACAGAUCUCCUUGAGGCAGCUUUCUGUUUAAUAAAGCAGACUGAUUUCUGUCAAAAAUAACAAAGCAUAUCUCAGUGUUUGUACCCAGAAAGAUUCUAAAACAUUUCAAAAUGUCCAGAAGUGUGGCAGAAUUUAAAAAGAACUAAAUGAUUAUAACGACAAAUAACGAGAAAGAAAAUAUAAAUUUAGUCCAAAGUCGAUAUUUUACAUAAUGCCUUUAAAAGCUACGUUUUCAUUCCAUCUGUAGAUUUGUUUUCUAUCUUUAUAAAAUGUUGGAUUUAUAUUUUACCGAAGUGUAGAAGAAAUAGCGCCUGUGAAUAGACCAAACUAAGCUAAUGGAUUGCAUGUAAAACGCAACUUGUACUUGUGUUUUUGUUUAUAUUGCUCUUUUGUAGCCUUUGUACCUGUACAGAGUUGCUGGUAAGAAACGGGGGGGGAAAAUACCUGGCUAUGUGCACAAAAAUGGGACAGAAUGACAUUCUUGUAUUUAUGACUUUUCUCCUUUUGUCAGUCACUUCAAAUGCUGUACAUUUUAGCAUAAGAAUAAAUUAUGAUUGACCAUG